GUACAAACCCGAUCCUAUUUUCAAUGAGAACUCUCCAGUUUAGAAGAUAGAUAACUGCUUUUGUUUAUUUCCGAUAAAUCGACAUGCCGGGUGAAGAAGCAUCAGAAGAAAAAGAUAGAUCUAUUCAGCAUACAGCAGCACUAAGUUUUGGGUUCAUAUGUCUCAUAAUUGGAAUACCAUUGUGGUGGAAAACGACAGAGGUGUACCGGGUCAAUCUGCCCUACUCGGAUAUAGCGGACCUAUCGAAUACUAAGUUUCAGUUUACCAUUGACAUUGAUGUGGUUAAUUUGGAGAAGUCAUGGACCGACAAAGAUCUGACAGAUUUGUCCAAGCUAUUGAAGGCAAACUUAGCUGAUGACAGGAAAGUUGGAGCUAUUUUCCCAAAGUACCGAGUGGCAGUCCGACAGGCAGCAGAAAAACAAUCAAGUGACGUUACCUCACUGAAAACAUUAGCAGCACUUGAUGACUAUUUCCAUGGGGAGGAGUCUUCAGUCAACAAAUACCUGAUUGUUUUGAUGCCUGUAAACAAUGCAGUGGUUAAACAGACAACCAUUGGGAACUACAGGGCAGUAUAUUUACCAGCUGGGAAAAGAGAUCUGAAGACAGUUUCAGCUGAGGUUACAGAGAUCCUUCAUAGUGUGUUGGUCAGAGAGGAUGCAUUGCUGAAGUCCUUCCAGAAUUUUCUGGGUGCCAGAGAACCAAAGGAUAAAGCAAGUAUGAGAUCUCUUAGCUAUCACCAAGGCUAUGACGUAUUGUUCACCUUAGUGAACCCCCAGCCCGAUAUCCUGGAUAUUGAUUGGUCAAUCAAGGAGGCAGUGGAAGCUUACCUGAGUCCUAUGGUCAAGCAGCUCUCAGACUACAUCAAUCUAGAUAUCAAGUCACAGAUGUUAUUUUUCACCGGCCUCAGAAGAAAACCACACAAGGACAAAAAGAACUCAGGAUUCUACUAUGAAGAGACAGAUUUACCACACACCAUUAAUCCUUUGGAAGCCAAUCUAGGGUCACAUGCCUCCAAUAAUCCCAUGCUGAACUUCAUUGUAUACGUACCUAGCAGGGACCAGCACCCUUUACACAUUGUCCUUAAAAAUGGUGAGAAGGUGAAGACCAACUCCUUUUUGAGCCCCCAAUGGGGAGGGAUUGUGGUCCAGAACCUGCCCUCACCCCCUCCCAACUCCAGCCUCCCUGUCAGAGUGGCGGUGGACAUGAAGACAGUCAUGGAGGUGUUCCUAACUCAGCUCAGACUCCUCAUGGACUUCAACAUUCAGGUCAAGAAAGACCUACAAGUCAGAGAAGUAGGAAAUGACGUAAUUAGAGAAUGGGAGCUGGAUAAUUGGCUGAGGAAGAAAUGUCUGGAGAACUUGGCCACCUCUAUAUCCACACUGCAGUCCCUGACCGCGCUCCUGGAAGGAAUCAGCAAUAUUGUCAUACAGGAUGACAUAGGACAGCAGGUGGAAAAUGCAGUGACUGGGAUAAAAGAGGCCCACAGACACCUGUCCAGUGGGCAGAUAGCCCGGGCUUUUACCCAGUCCCGGAAGGCCCUGGCCUCAUCAGAGAAAGCUUUCUUCGAUCCGUCCCUCCUAGAACUGCUGUAUUUUCCAGAAGAUCAAAAAUUUGCCAUCUAUAUUCCUCUUUUCCUACCCAUUGGCCUACCAAUUCUGGGAUCAUUAUUCAAAGCCAUCAAGUGGAUUAAGUCCAAGAGGAAACAGAAACCAAAGACUGAAUGAUUUAUUAUUUUCCUGAUCUACAUACAUGCAUGAAGUUUUUUCAUUCAAAUACUUUUAUUUUCA